AUGGCAACAAUAUCUGUUGUUAAUACCUAUAUUUUGCGUCGGAGAAAAGCUUAUAACUUUCUGCCGCGACCAUCACUUUUCAUUCGCAUCAUUCAGAUCCUUGCCAAACCAUCGUCUGAACGAGUCAUCAUGUACUUCUUCAAAGUCUUUGGCUUUGUAACGAUAACUUCGGCGAUCAAUGCUCAAUUUGGGUCUGGUACCUGUCAUUCACGGCUCACUCUCGAAUGCUCUUGCCCACCACAGUGGCAAUGGUGGGGAAAGGACUGUUAUCGCCUCACUCCUGUGAUAGCUCAAGCUUGGGAUCAGGCUAAGUCGGCUUGCCAAAACAUGGGCGGCAAGAUGGCCGCUCCUCGCUCGCACGAGGAAAUGAACUUUAUGACUGAUAUGGCACGAAAGGUGGACAGCAACUUCUUCGCCUGGAUUGCUUGCACUGACAAGGAGGUUGAAGGAACCUGGGAGUGUGACGGUCAGGAAGAUAUUGAACCCUUCCUAGAAUGGGAUGAUGGGCAACCAGAUGAUAAAAAUAAUAAUCAAGAUUGCUGUCAAAUAGCGGCUACAUUUAAUGACAAAAUGGAUGACGAUGACUGUGACAAUAUGAGUCCGCGUUUGGCUUUUUGCAUUCGUCGAGCUGCUUGCACUUACGGCCUAAUCCAGCUCCGUCAAUAAUGCAUCUCUACCAACACCCACGGCCGCGUUCUCAACUCAACCUGCCUCUAGAGUCUUCAAGCACAGCACAGAAUAGGAGCCUAGUCACCGAACGUGUUUUGCGCCUGUGACUCGGCCUGCGUCGAGGUGCCCGGAUGUCACUCCUUCAUCGAGAAAAUUGAAGAACUGAAGAAAGAAUGUGCCAGGUAAACAAUACUGUGCAAGCUCGGGUUACAAGGACAUAUGUCAAAACAAAACCUGGUUAUUUCCGCAUGCAUCGGCAUGUUAUAAAUAAAUGGGACAGCAACGGAGAUGUCUGCAAACCU